UCAUGCUGCUGCAGCUCGCAGACCCCAGACCAAACCGAACCGCGACUAUCACCACAUCCAUUCCACCUCCAACUCAGCACCAGUGCCUUUUGACGUCGAAAAUCUUGCACAUAGUUUUUCUAUAGUCCGCUUUUGCCAGAUCCACCACCACAAUGACGUCGAUAGGCACGGGCUACGACCUCGCCAACUCCAUCUUCUCCCCCGAUGGCCGCAAUUUCCAAGUCGAGUACGCCAUGAAGGCGGUCGAGAACGGCGGUACCUCGAUCGGCAUCCGGUGCAAGGACGGCGUAGUGCUGGCCGUCGAGAAGAUCGUCACAUCCAAGCUCCUUAAACCGGGCGCCAACAAGCGCAUCGCGACCGUCGACAGGCACCUGGGCGUUGUAUACUCGGGCAUGAUACCCGACGGCCGGCACUUCAUCGAGCGGGCGCGCGACGAAGCCCGCUCGUGGCGCGACACCUUCAAGACGCCCAUCUCGACGGCCGACCUAGCGUCGCGCAUGGGCGGCUACAUGCAGGUGUACACGCUGUACCAGUCGGUGCGGCCCUUCGGCAUCACAGCCAUCGUCGGCGGGUUUGACAGCACAGAAGAGGCGCCCGUCGACGGCGAGGUCGGCAGCGGGCCCAGCUGCGGGGCCGGCGGCAAGGUCGCGGGCAAGACGCACGGCGGGCCGUUCCUCUACAUGAUCGAGCCGUCGGGCUUGUACUGGGGCUACUACGGCGCGGCGACGGGCAAGGGCCGGCAGGCGGCCAAGGCGGAGCUGGAGAAGCUUGAUCUGGGCGGCCCCGGCGGCCCCUCGCUGACACUGGAGCAGGCUGUCAAGGAGGCGGCGCGGAUCAUCUACGUGGCGCACGACGACAGCAAGGAUAAGGAGUUUGAGCUCGAGAUGACGUGGAUUAGCGGGGCGGAUGGGCCGACCAAGGGGUUGCAUCAGGAGGUGCCCAAGGAGUUGAGGGAGGAGGCGGAGCGGUUGGCGAAGAAGGCGUUGGAAGACGACGAGGAUGAGGAACCGAAGGAGAAGAUGGAGGAGUAGAGGAAAGGCUUGGGCUUGGUUGGGGGUGGAAGGCGGGUGUGCAAACGGCGUUAUUGUACCAUACGGACGUGACGACUUGGGCUUUGCGGGUGGGAAGAUAGACUAAAUUUCCAUCUGGCACUGGGAUCUGUCAAUACGGAGGGAACUUGGUCAUGCCUC